AUGACGUGCAUCUCUUCUGUCUCUUACUCCUACCUAUUUGAUGACUCGAUUCACGGGAACGUGAAGCCUUCACGGGAGAUUCGUCAAGGGGACCCUCUAUCUCCGUAUAUCUUCAUAAUCUGUGGAGAAGUCCUCUCUGGUCUUUGUAGACAAGCACACUCAAGUGGACAUAUGACUGGACUGAGAGUUGCUACAGGCUCCCCUAGGAUCAACCAUCUCCUUUUCGCCGACGACACUAUGUUUUUCCUGCAGACCGAUGUUGAUAGUUGCGCGGCUCUGAGCGGUAUUCUCCAUAAGUACGAAACCGCCUCCCGCCAGAUGAUUAAUACGGCCAAAUCAUCCAUCUCCUUUUCCUCGCAAACCUCACAGGAGACACGUUACCGGUCAGCCUUUGUAAGCGGAUCCAAUAAGCCCUUACAAGAUUCUGGUGGGAUGCGUGUGAAGCAAGCAUGGUGUAUUGUCACAAAGCCAGUUGGGCCGCUUGCUCGUGGUUUUUUGGGGAAAUACUGCAAAAAGGCACCUUUCCUAUCUAUGAAACCAACCAAGUACUGCUCUCACGGUUGGAGAAGCAUUAUAGCCGGAAGAGACCUUCUUAUCCUGAAGCUCGGAUUUGUGAUCGGGAGUGGAGAUUCAAUCAAAGUCUGGAAAGACCACUGGCUGAGCACUGAUACCCACAUGACUCCCUACAGACCAGCGCCAGAAAAGUAUCAGGACAUGGUAGUGGCUGACCUCUUAACCAGAGAGACUAAGGAAUGGAACAUCGAAGUAGUUGAGAAUGUACUCCUUGUCGAUGUCAUUACUCUCUUGAAACCAAGCAUUACUGGAGGUUUAGACGGGAUGGCUUGGUUAGGAUCACAGACUGGAAUCUACACGACACGAUCAGGGUAUUUUACAGCAGUGGAACAUGAACAGAAUCUGAUUACAACGAUACAACCCACAGACUGGAAGAAACUCAUCUGGGCAUGA